UGCAGCUGAGAAAGAAGCCAAAAGAGUGGCUGAGGAAAAGGCAUCUGCAGCUGAUGCAGAAGCGAAAAAACUGGAUGAGGAGAAGGCAUCUGCAGCUGAUGCCCAAAGAGAAGCUGAGCUGAAAGAAGCUGAAAACAAGAGGAUCGAGGCUAAUAAGAAGAAGGAAGAAGAAGAUAAAGCUGAAGCAAUGAAGAAGGAUUUAGAGGAAAGAAAGAAAGAAUAUGAAGAAAAAAUGAGCCAGCUUAUGGCUAAAAACAACAAAGAGUUGAUAGAGGAAGCGGAAAGGAAAGAAGCUGAGAGAAAGAAAAGAGAAGAUGAGAGAAAGAAAAAAGAAGACGAUGAUGCCACAAAAGCAAUUGCCAUGGUGGUUGAAAAUGUAAAUGCUUCAGAGAGUGAAGCUCAAACCAUUGGUGGUAAAGGCACAAAAAGAGGAAAGAAGACAACAGCUACCAAGAAGAAGACCAUUCUAAGUAUUACUAUGGAUGAAGAACUACAAAAGAAGUUGCACAACAUAUCAGAUUCAUACAAUCCGAGAAGAAGUACAAGAUCAAUAGUGAAAGUGCAACAAAAUGUUUGUGCUGAAGUAGUUAGCAAAGAAGAAUUUGAAGGCAAAGAUGUUUCUGGAGUUACUUCCAAAGUAACAAAUACUCCAAAGAAAUGGAAAGCGGCUGAGAAAGAAGAUGAGGAUGAGCCUUUGGAUGUUGAGAUAAUAAAAAUAAAAAAACAAAAAGGAGUUGAAAAAAAAGCACCUGUUAAGGGAAGAAUUCUUCCUCUUAGGAGUGCAUUGAAAAGAAAUAAGAAAAAUGAUAUUGAAGAAGUGAAAGAAGAACAGAAAACAGUCAAUGUUAAAGGGAAAAGGAAAAUGAAAAAAAGAAAGGAAGAAGAAGAGGUUCAAGAAGAAGAGGAGUUAGAGGGAAAUGAUGAAGAAGAGCAAGAAGAGGAGGAAGAACAAAAUGAGGAAGAAGAGGAAGAAGAUGAGGAAGAUGAGGAAGAUGAAGAAUGGGAAGAAGAAGAAGAAAAAGAACAAAACAAGAUGCAAAAAGGUAUAUUUAGUAUACUAAAAUAUUAAACAUUGUAUUACAUGUUUAUCAAAACUUCUUAAUUGUAUGUUCUUCUCCAACAGAGAAAACGGUACCGGUGAAAGAUAGGUUGGUUUAGUUUGAAAAACAAAGACAAAAAAUAGGUAAAAUUAAAAUUUAUUUGUUCUCCAUAAAAUUAAAAAUUCUACAAUUGUUAUUAAAACUUA